CUCAGCUCCACUCCCCGUACCGUCUCCUCGCUGCCUCCGCCGCCGCCACGCUCCCCACGCGCCGCCAUUGCCGCUGUCUCCAGCGAGCCCCCUACCCAGCGCGCGCUCCUCGCCACUCGCCGCCACCCGGCGCCCGCGACGUCCCGGUUCCCCCCUCAGCGCGCGACCCCGAACCCCGCCGGAGCGGGGAAAGCCAUGGCCGCGGCGACGGCGCGCGCACCCGCCGCCGACAACAGGUGGGGGUUUGCUGCUGCUGCGGCCGCGCCGACGAAGACGCCCGCCGUUGGGGUUCUGGGGACGGCCCAGAAGCACACCAACCUGCCAACCCAAAGGCCAACGCCUCCAGCACCAAAUGCGUGGGGUUCAUCGUCGCUCCUAUCUCUCAAGAAUGAUGGAGGUUCUGGUUCGUUUGGCAACAUCAAUGAUCGCCCUUCUUCCCGAGGAAGCUCGAGGACAUCAACAGAUGGAAGUGACUUGCUCGAUUCACCUCUUGCUUGGGGUCGAACUUCGUAUAAUUCUACAACUGCGAUAAGUCAUCCUCAAAGAACAGAGUUAAGAUCAGGAAGCUGGCGAUUUCCACAUUCUCAAACUUCUUUCUCGGAUGUUCUCAAAGGCCCAUUAAACAGUAUUGCCAAAAGGAGACCUACAUCACACGGAAAGGGGUUUACCCUAAGUGCAGAUGAUUUCCCAGUACUAGUUUCCAAGAGCUCUCAGUCAAACAGUCAAUUAGGUAAUAGUUUUCAAGGGCGACCAACUUUUAGUUCUGUUAUAAUAGCGGCACGAGAUGAACAGAGAAAGAUCCCACCAACCGGAGGUGAUCCUUUUUCUACUGCGGACUUCUCUAUGGAAGCACAACAGGCUCAGCUACAUGCUACACAGACUCCUGAUAUAUGUAUGCCUCCUCCAUGUAUUGAUUACUGGCAUCCUCCUCCUGAUCACCCCCCUGACAGAAAUGGGAUUUGGCCUGGAGGAGUGGCAUCAUAUGGUCUGGGCAAGCCUGCAGACACACAUGGCAGUUUCCCUGUUGAAUCUUUUACUCACAAUGGUCAGUCCCUUCUCAACCAGAGGGGAGAAACAGGGCAUGGUCCAGCACAUGGUGGUUUUCAGCCUGAAAACAAUAAUUCCUGCUAUGCUCAUGAGCCUGCCGAUGCUAGUGUCAAAAUUCUACCUCAUCUCAUGCUUGGAAAGGUCAAAGGUAACCAUUCAGAUGCACUUGAGAAGCAAGUCAUCAAGAAGGAUGUGGCAUUGUUAGAGAAAAUAAAGUGUCUAAAUAUCAAGGCUAGAAAUCUUCGUGCCAGUAACAUAUCAGAAAUAUCUUCGUGCAGGGAAGCCAAGGUUGGACACCCAAAAAGCAUUGGUGUAGAAGCAUAUCAUGUGGCAAAUGAUGCUCCUGUCAGCGCUGUCAUUUGUGAUAUCACUUCUGCCUUUGACUUGGCUAAUUCUGUUUCUGAAAGUAGUAAUCAUGUUCCAAUUGGUACAUCAAAUGUGUCUGCUUCUGCUAAUCUUGUAAUGAUUGAUCUGUCAGAAGGAUACCCUACUAUAUUCAGUGAAGCUAGAGAGCCAGGUGAAUCUGCUGAUAAUUAUGUAUAUGUAGUAGGGAAUACUUCAAGAAACAAGCAUGUUAGCUCUGCUACGAACACUGCAUCUGAUAUUUGGGGACCUGGAUGGGAAGAACACUCUACAGUUGACUCUUUACCAGUUGAUAUGAUAAAUACUCAUGAAGAUCAACGAUUUGCUGGAAACAGCUCACAGCAGGUGGAUGUGAGAACUGUUGAUGAUAUGCUGAACUCUCCUGAUUAUGAAAUCCAGAAUUCAAUGAGAUAUAUAUCUGCUCCAUAUGAAAAACAACUACAGGAAGAUGAAAGGGGGGAAAUUGGACAAAAGGCAAAAACUAUUGUAAAACUGGAAGACUUGCACAGACAUUCAUUUGUACAGAGUCAGAACUCAAAUGGUACACCUGGUAAGUACCAUGCAUAUAGAGGGAAUUCUUCAAGAAAGUGGCAUGUUAGUUCUGCUGAGGAUAUUUCAUCCAGCAUUUCUGGACAUGGAUGGGAAGAUCAUCAGGAUCUAUCAUUUUCUGGGAACACCUCUACAUGGCAGGUGCAUAUAAGAACUGAUGAUAUGAUUAACUCUUCUGAUUAUGAAAUCCAGCAUUCAAGGAGAGAGUUGUCUGCUCAACGCUCAAAACAACUACAGGAGGAGGAGAGGGGGAAACCUCAACAAAAGGCAGAAUCUACUGCAAAGCUUGAAGACUUGAACGUACAUCCAUUAUUACAAAGUCAGAAGUCAAAAGACGCACCUGGUAAAUCUGCUGAUGCCCAUGAAUAUGGAGGAUGGAAUGGUUCAAGAAACAAGUGCAGUGGUUCUGCCGAGGACAUUCCAUUUAACAUUUCUGGACAUGGAUGGGAAGACCACCCUGGAGUUGAGUCUUUGCCAGUUGUGAUAAAUUCUCAUCAAGGUCAAUCAGUUCCUUGGGAUACCUCUCAGCAUUUGCAUGCCCGAACUAAUGAUGAUAGGCAUAACUAUCCUGGUUAUGAAAUCAAGCAUUCAAGAUGGAGAGAGUCUUCUGCGCAGCAUGCAAAAGAACUACAGAAGGAGAGGGAAAACAUUCAACACAAGGCAACAUCUAUUGCAAAACCACAAGGUUUGAACAGACGUCCAUUUCUACAUAAUCAGAAGUCAAAUGAUGCACCUGGUAAAUCUGCAGAUUACAUUGAAUAUGGAGGAUGGCGCGCUUCAAGGAACAGGCAUGGUAGUUCUGCCGAGGAUAUUUCAUUUAAUAUGCCUGGACAUGGAUGGGAAGAUCACCCUACAGUUGAUUCUUUGCCAUUUAUGACAAAUACUCAUCAAGAUCAAUCAUUUCCUGGGAACAACUCUUGGCAAGUGCAUGCCAGAACUGCUGAUAUGCUUAACUCUCCUGGUUAUGAAGUCCAGCAUUCAAGGAGAGAGUUGUCUGCCCAACAUGCAAAACGACUACCAGAACAUGAGAGGGGGGAAAUCCAACAAAAGGCAAAACCUAUUGUAAAACUGGAAGACUUGAACAGACGCCAGUUUUUACAGAGUCAGAAGUCAGAUAAUUCACCUGGUAAAUCUGCUGAUUACCAUGUAUAUGGAGGAGGGAAUGCUUUGAGAAACAGGCAUGGUAGUUCUGCUGAGAACGUUUCAUUUAAGAUUUCUGAAUUUGGAUGGGAAGAUCACCCUACAGUUGACUCUAUGCCAGUUGCUAUGACAAAUACUCAUCAAAAUCAAUCAUUUUCUGGGAACACUGCUGAGCGAGUUUAUGAGAGAACUAUUGAUGAUAUGAUUAACUCUGCUGAUUAUGAAACCCAGCUUUCAUGGAGAGAAUUGUCUGCUCAACAUGCACAACUACAGAAAGAGGAGAGGGGAAAACUUCAAUUAAAGGCAAAAGUUAAUGGAAAACUGGAAGAAUUGAACAGAAGUUCAUCUGUACAGAAUCAGAAGUCGAAUGAUGUGCCAUUAGAAGCAGACAAAAUUCUUCGUAAACAAGGUGCUGAAGGCAGUGGAACUAGUAAUCAUGAUACUUCAACAUCAGAUACAUGUUGUACUGCAUAUGCUGGGAAUCUUAAGCCUUUGAGAGCAAAUGGCACGGAGAAUGCUACAGUUCCUAUCAGCUCCACUCUGGCAGCUGACACUGCAAGUGUUAACAGAGGUCCUCUGACUCAUAAUGUAAUGCCUUUAGCCAAGAAAACUGACACUAACAUGCUGGAACACACUGCCCAGAAAAUUCGAGCACAGUCACAUGACAGCAGUGCUCCAAAGCAUUUGCAGGUGGAGGAUAGGGAAGGACAAGUUCAUAAAUUGGAGAGUAUUUCAAGGGUCUCCACUACAGUAUCAGGCACUGCAGAUGCUAACAAAGGCCCUUUGAUUCAUAAUGCCUUUCAUUCAGCCAAGAACACUGACAUCAACAUGAUUCACAUUGACCAGAAAGGUGCAUCAGAGUCAUAUGACACCACUGCUCUGAUGCAUUUGCAGACGGAGGAUAAGAGAAGACAAGUUCAUUCACAGGGAAGAAUUUUAAGGGGCCCUCCAGCUUCAGAAUCUGCAGGUCUCAACAAAGGCUCUUCAAUUCUUAAUGUCAUGCCUUCAGCAAAGAACAAUGGCAUCAACAUGAAGGAAUACAUUACCCGGAAAAGUGCAUUAUGGUCACAUGAGAAUAGUGCUCCAAAGCAUUUGCAGAUGGAAAUUAGGAGAAGGCAAGUUCGUUCACAGGAGGGAGUUCUAAGGGAGAGGUCCAACAUUGCUGAAAGUACAGAAAAUAUUACAACCGAUUCUGGGACUCCUGUGGACACAUGGAAUACUGAAGCUAAACCUCAUGCGGAACUCUCAACCCACAGCAAGAACAGGAGACCUGCUUCACCACUUGUGUUUGGUACCAAGAAUACAGAAGCCUCGAGUGUGCAUAAAGCCCAUAUAUCAGGUGUCAUUAUCAAUAGUGCUAUAAUCCCUGUGCAGGUUUCUUCUGUUAGAGGUUUUACUGUAGGGAGUAUAAUGCUUGGGGAUGCUUCACUUGCAUUUGUGAAUCAGGAGAAAACAGUGGCCAAGGAAGUGCAUGAUGAUGUAACACAUAGCUGUUCAAUCCCUAAGCAGACAGAGAAAUCAGGAACAAAUCAGCCUGGUGUGCAGCGUGUCAAGGAUCCUCAUGGGAGUGACCGUAUCAUGCACACACCAGUUAAAGAGCCAAGAAAGAGAGAACAAUCUGAGGCUGGCGGGCUGAACUGUGCAGCAAUACCUGCUCCCAUUCAGCCAUCUGGGAAUCAAAGCAUUGUUUCACAGAAUUCGGCGCCAGAAAAAACAAGUGAAAUGGAGAGGCAUGCACAUAAGCCUGCAUACAAAGAGUUGGACCUGCAGAAUCCCAGGAAAAUGCUACCGGCAGAGAACCACACAACAUCUUCUGAUAAUUUGUCAACCUCCAAAUCGGAUGCUAAGACUGUUGAUGAAGAGGCACUCGAUGCUCCCACUGCUACAAAACCUGAGAAUCGGGAGGAUGAGAAAACUAGCAAGCAUCUAGGGAGGAGCAGUGCUAGUUCGAACCAAGGAAGCACGAACGGUUCUGCCUCAGCAGCACCAGGCCUUAACGAACAGGAAGCCAACUCUGUAUUGAAAAUCAUGCACGAGUUAUCUGAUCAGUUGGAGCAAAUAGAGAAGCACCUCGAUUCCAGCACCCAUGUUGCCGCCGUGAACCAUCCACAGCCAACUCAAAUGGUUAUGGUUUCCAUGCCUGGCUAUACUUGGGGAGAACACGCAGGUUGCAGCCAAAGGCAGUACCACGUCGAUGGUCAGGUAAACAUGUGGAUCAACUACGCCGCGAACAGCCACAUGGAUGGGAGAGUCAUGACACAGGGGGCGGGUCUGCAAACUGCGCAUUUGUUGCCAGGUCCCAUCUCCGUCCCCGUUCCUGUUCCUGAGAACAACUUGGCAGGCGUCAAAGUUGGUCCAGCUCCAGGAUGGAAGUGGGACACCGCUGAACACGUACUGAUAUCCGACACGGGCGAUGCCCCGGGUCUCAGUACUGCCAGAAGAGGUGCUGCACCCACUCAGAAUGCGCUUAGGGUCGGCCAAAUGGAUGUGAUGCUCGGCGUGCAAGCCACGGGAGGCAUGGCGUAUGGAGCUGCCACUGCUGCUGUGAACCCUGAGGUCUUGUACCACGCAGGUCCGGAGCUUGAGCAGCUGAACCCUGCAUGGUUCCCCCAUGUCCAGCAUGACGGCAUGCACCACCACGGAGGAAGCGGUGGCACCAGCGUGUACUUGCUGGGGAUGGACGGCGGCGCUGGGGCGCACGCUCACGGCGGCGGCGGCGGCUAUAUGACUGGACCACCAAUGGUAGGCCCCGUGCACCCUGAGUAUCAGCUGAUGCCUGCAGUUGCGUCCCCUGUUGCCGGCUGGAGCGAUGGGGGGAGCGCCAUGGUGCCUGCAUUAGGGCAUCCGGCUGAGACUUGGGGACCGGCGUACGGGGAGCAUGUGUACUAUGCCUGAUCGCCUGAUUAGCAGUUGCAACGCUUGUCGCAUUGUCUGAAAAUUAGCAUCUCUUGUUGUGUUUUACUUGACUCAACUCUGCCCUGGCUAUGCUGGCCGUCUGUGCUACUUGGAAUCGUUGUAUUCCAACUUUCAUUCAGUCAUGUAACGACAUUGCUCCGUGCUCUUGUAGCGGUAGCGGCAUUCUAGGACAAGUUUUGUGUCACCUUGUAUAUACCACUUUGUCUAUCAGCGACUUGUGAACCUAUGUGUGGCACGUGAAUGUUUCGGAGCAUCUAUUGCGUAUGAUAUCUGAAAGGAUUUGGAGUUGGAGCAUCUA